GGGAGCGCGGCGAGGAGAGCGCGAGCGAGUGAGCGCCGGGGAGGGGAUCGGGAGCGAGGGGGCAGCUCGGGAGCAGCCGGAGAGGUAGCGGCGGCGGCGGCGACGAGGUUCGGCGCCUUCUCUGCAAACCAUGUUUGCCAAAGGCAAAGGCUCGGCGGUGCCCUCGGACGGGCAGGCUCGGGAAAAGUUAGCUUUAUAUGUCUACGAAUAUUUACUGCACGUAGGAGCACAGAAAUCUGCACAGACCUUCUUGUCGGAGAUUCGAUGGGAAAAAAACAUCACGUUGGGAGAACCGCCUGGGUUUUUGCACUCGUGGUGGUGCGUAUUUUGGGACCUUUACUGUGCAGCUCCUGAAAGGCGAGACACUUGUGAACAUUCAAGUGAAGCAAAAGCCUUUCAUGAUUACAGCGCAGCAGCCGCCCCGAGCCCCGUGCUUGGCAACAUUCCCCCCAACGAUGGGAUGCCAGGAGGCCCCAUCCCACCGGGUUUCUUUCAGGGUCCUCCGGGGUCACAGCCCUCGCCGCACGCACAGCCUCCACCUCACAAUCCCAGCAGCAUGAUGGGACCCCACAGUCAGCCUUUUAUGUCACCACGAUAUGCAGGCGGCCCCAGGCCCCCAAUCAGAAUGGGAAACCAGCCUCCGGGAGGAGUUCCUGGGACACAGCCACUGCUGCCCAAUUCCAUGGAUCCCACCCGACAACAAGGACACCCCAACAUGGGAGGAUCAAUGCAGAGAAUGAACCCUCCCCGAGGCAUGGGGCCCAUGGGGCCCGGCCCACAGACUGACCCUUGGUUAUCGUUGCAGAAUUACGGCAGCGGCAUGAGACCACCACCCAGCUCCCUUGGCCCCGCUAUGCCCGGCAUUAACAUGGGCCCGGGAGCCGGCAGACCCUGGCCCAAUCCUAACAGUGCUAACUCAAUUCCGUACUCCUCCUCAUCACCUGGUACCUAUGUGGGACCCCCUGGUGGUGGCGGCCCCCCAGGAACACCCAUCAUGCCUAGCCCUGCAGAUUCAACAAAUUCCAGUGACAACAUCUACACAAUGAUUAAUCCGGUGCCGCCUGGAGGCAGCCGGUCCAACUUCCCGAUGGGUCCAGGCUCGGAUGGCCCCAUGGGAGGCAUGGGCGGCAUGGAGCCGCACCACAUGAACGGAUCAUUAGGGUCUGGUGACAUAGAUGGACUUCCAAAAAAUUCUCCUAACAACAUAAGUGGCAUUAGCAAUCCUCCAGGUACCCCUCGAGACGACGGGGAGCUAGGGGGGAACUUCCUCCACUCCUUCCAGAACGACAAUUAUUCUCCAAGCAUGACGAUGAGUGUGUGAUCCCCCUCCUCUUCUCCAAGACGCUGAGAGAGCCGGCAUUGCAGGCGGGAAGAUGCCAGAAAUUAUGCAAGAAGAAAUGAGGUGUCAUUACCCAGGAGCUGGGGGAGGGGCGUCUUCCCGUUCCCCCUCACCCCCACCCUCUCCCUCCAUUUCUCCCUGUCCCAAUUUUGGUUUCAUGCAAUAAAAAGGCCGAACUUUUUAUUCCAUAAAACAUGAAGGACAAAACUCAAAAUAAUAACUUUCAAGUCAACUACCAGAAAAAUCCCAUCCUUUGCCCUUUCUCAAAAGGACCUUUUAUGUACAUGACACUUUUUUGUUGUUUUUGUUUGGGGUUUUACCGUUGUUGGGAUUUUUUUAAUUUGUUUUCAGGGGGUAUUUUUUUGGGGAAAAAUUUUUAAAAAUGGAAGCUUCUAGCAAGCCCCCCUUACCCCACCCCAAUCAACCUCUUUGCUUUCUUCUUUAAAAA